AUGUCAUCGCAUCGUGUACAUUACAAACGGUCAUUGAUUCAGGUCGACCAGAUCUUGGUUAUGUGGCUGCGAGACAUUACGACAGCGGAAGGGGCAUCGCCAGGCACUAUAGGUCGACUUCAGGAAUCACGUCACCACGGGCUUCGGGACAGUUUGAAAAUCAGAACUUCUACGUGGCGUGAUUGGGUUAGACAUUGGGAGGCUUGCAACUGUAAUAUGAAGGCCUUGCUUGCGGCACGAUGUGCAGAAUGUGCCGGCAGGUGGGAACGAACUCAAGGCAAGCCGCGAUAUCGAGAUGCUUCAGACAUCCCGGUUACCGAACGUCCUUCUUUCUCUCGAGAUAUGAAUAGCUACUUCGCUAUCUUUCAUGUAACUAUCGACCAAAUUGAUCGUAUUUCUACCUUUUCGCCGAAUCGUAGACUGAUGAAGAUGACCGUCGUGACAAUGAAAUUGGAACCGUCAUUCAUCCAUUCGCCGAGCAGCCUUCAAUCUUCGCUUACCACUCCCUUCACCUACUCCUCAUACGCUGCUUUCACUUUCAGAGAAAGUCCACCUUCAACUACGUCUCCCGUCUUUCAGGUCGUUUCAAAGUCAACCCUCAGAGAGGUGGCCCUUCAUCUUUACUUGGUCGAAACGAGAUUGGGUCUUCAUGACGUUGAUGAAUGUUUCAACAUUGAACGUUUGAACUGCCGUCCAGACUUUCCCGUCAAAUUUGACCGGUGCUGGUACGAGAUUAUCGGUCACAUUGAAAAUGCCGAUGUUGAGCAGGACUUUUGCGUCAUUCGGACUUGGUCCGUUUCGAGGAUUGCUCAGGUUACAAGUUCCCGGAAAGAUGAAUGUAUUUCUCUGGAUUCAGGCCGUUUACUGUCGACUCUAAAAGGUGGCAGUCCUUCCUCUUUACUUGGCCAAAAGGUGACAUAG